GGUCGCGCCUCCCGGGUCCCCGCGGGGCCGGUGGCCGGGCUCUCCUGAUUUCCGAGGGGAAGAGCCGGGGGCGGGGCUGGAGGACGAGGUGGGGCCUGGGGAGGUCAGAGGUCAGCCUGGGGUCGGGGGACGUCGGAGGAUCGCCGCGGGCGGGGCGGGGCCUCGGGGAGGUCUGGAGUCGCGCGCGUGUACCCCACCCGGGCUGUGCAUGGGGCUCGCCGGCCUGCGGGCGGCGGCCGAGGCCCUGCAGAGAGCCUGCGGAGCGUGGACGCCGCGCCUGGGACGGCGCCUCCUCGGGUGGCCCCCCAUGGCCGAGAAGGCGGAGGCCCCGGCGCCCGUGGGGCCCAGGCAGGAGCAGGCCCGGAAGGCCCGGAGCGGCUGGCAGGGCCGGGGCAGGGCCUGGGAGGACGCCGAGCAGCCGGCCAAGAAGCUCAAGAGCGGCGCGGACGGGGAGCCGCCCAGGAAGCUGCCCAAGCGCAAGAUCGUGAUGCUCCUGGCCUACUCGGGGAAGGGCUACCACGGCAUGCAGAGGAACGUUGGGUCCUCGCAGUUCAAGACCAUCGAAGACGACCUGGUGUCUGCCCUGGUGCGGUCAGGCUGUAUUCCGGAGAAUCACGGCGAGGACAUGCGGAAGAUGUCGUUCCAGCGGUGCGCCCGCACGGACAAGGGCGUGUCCGCAGCCGGCCAGGUCGUGUCCCUGAAGGUGUGGCUGAUUGACGACAUCUUAGAAAAGAUCAACAGCCACCUCCCGUCCCACAUUCGGAUUCUGGGCCUGAAGCGUGUCACGGGCGGCUUCAACUCCAAGAACCGGUGCGACGCCAGGACCUACGUCUACAUGCUGCCCACGUUCGCCUUCGCGCACAAGGACCGCGACGUCCAGGACGAGACGUACCGGCUGAGCGCGGAGACGCUGCGGCGGGUGAACCGGCUGCUGGCCCGCUACAAGGGCACCCACAACUUCCACAACUUCACCUCGCAGAAGGGGCCGCGGGAGCCCAGCGCCCAGCGCUACGUGCUGGACAUGUUCUGCGAGGAGCCCUUCGAGCGGGACGGCAUGGAGUUCGCCGUCAUCAAGGUGAAGGGGCAGAGCUUCAUGACGCACCAGAUCCGGAAGAUGGUGGGCCUGGUGGUGGCCAUCGUCAAGGGCUACGCCCCCGAGGACCUGCUGGAGCGCAGCUGGGGCGAGGCCAAGGUGGACGUGCCCAAGGCGCCGGGGCUGGGCCUCGUCCUGGAGCGCGUGCACUUCGAGACGUACAACCGGCGCUUCGGCUGCGACGGGCUGCACGAGCCGCUGGACUGGGCGCGGGAGGAGGCGGAGGCCGCGGCCUUCAAGGAGCAGCACAUCUACCCCACGAUCACCAGCACGGAGCGCCACGAGAGGUCCAUGGCCCAGUGGCUGAGCACCCUGCCCGCGCACGACUUCAGCGCUACUGCCCACGCAGCGGCCAGCCCCGGUGCCAAGGCAUGGUUAUUCGCAUCCCCGAAUGCUGCGAGGCCGGGUGGAGCCCGUGUCCAGCUUUGACCUGGGAAAGCCUGCCGCCCGAGUCCAGCGGGCAGAAGCUGGCCGCCUGCUGCCUUCACGCUCUGCUGCGGGGCCUGCUCUGUCCGGUUGGGAGGGCCCAGCUGUGGGCUUGCUGAGGUCACCGCGUCCUCUGGGGGUCUGGAGGAGGCCAGUAAAGAGCCCCCACCUCCUUGUCGCCAGCCCCUGGCUCUCAGGUCCUUGGGUCAGUCGAGACAAAGGCUGGCAGAGCACCAACGCCGGCAUCGCUCCUGAAGGGGCAGGUUGGGGGGGCUCGGGGGGUGCCACAGACAGCCCCCUCCACAGGAGGAAGCACCCACGCCUGGGCAGCGUGCUC